GCCUGAAAGGAAGUCGUUGCUUUUGUUUACAUAGGCUUAUGACAUUUUUAGCUACAAGUUGGGAUCAAUAAUCAUCUUCAUGAUCAGUUUUACCAAAUCUAAUCUAUUUGUGUGUGAUAAGUCAGUAACGCUAAAACCGAGCUGCUCAGUGGCUCAAGACAACGGCCGGAUGCAAUGGAAAAAUUUGCAAACAAGAGUCAGAAAAAACGCUCGUGUGUCUGCGGUGUCUUCACCAGAGCUCCAAGGAUUAAACUGGACACUGAUGGGAGGAUGCAGAACGAGGAGGAUGAGGAAGCAGAGCUUGAAGUUCUAGCAGAGUUCUCUCAUCCGGUUCCCUGGCAAAAAAUAGAGGCGCAAGGAUUAGAUCUUGAUUAUGCUUUACUCUUCUCCAAAGAGGAGGCAGACGCCCUCUUUAAACAGCUGGAGGAGGAGGUGAUGUACUCAACAGGUGAAGAAGCAAAGGUGCAGGUGUUUGGGAAGUUGCACAACAUACCAAGAAGGCAGGCCACGUAUGGAGAUGCUGGUUUGAGGUAUACGUAUUCUGGGAGGACGCACUUAGCCUGUACAUGGACUCCCACUUUGGAAUACAUUCGAGAUGCAGUCACCAACGCAACAGGACACACGUUUAACUUUGUCCUAAUCAACAGGUACAGGGACGGGGAGGACCACAUAGGCGAGCAUCGUGACGACGAGAAGGAGCUGGACCCCGUGUGUCCCAUCGCCUCGGUCUCUCUGGGAGCGGCUCGAGACUUUGUCCUCCGGCACAGAGAUGCUCGAGGAAAGCGCGGCGCACGACGGCUGGAGCCCGUGAAGCUGCAGCUUGCUCACGGAAGCUUGCUCCUCAUGAACCCACCGACCAACACGUUCUGGUACCACAGCCUCCCUGUGCGCAAGAAGGUCCGUUUGCCUCGCAUCAACCUCACUUUUAGACGCAUCUUACUGAUCAGUAGGGGAGAGGAACCUGCCAAUGUAUGGUCACUUUAAGUCUAGACUGUGGGUCAGAUUUCUGCUUUUGUCAUUUUUGUUUCUAAGCAUAAGCAGUAAUUGCUAGAUAACAUUUUAUUUUCUUUAAAAAUUACUACUCAUCUUUAAAUAGCAAUAGUAUUGAAAAGUUUGCUAAAAUUGUACUUUGCUCUUAGAUAUUUUGUGAUGUCAGGUGUAUAUAGUUUUGAAAAAUAAAACCUUCAGUGCA